AAAACACUUACCUUCAUAAUCAAACAGCAGCAGACUGAGGAGGAUGUUCAUCAGCAUGAAAGACCCCAAUGUGAUGGAAGUGAACACUGAGGAGAAGACUUUCACGUGUCAUCAGUGUGGAAAAAGUUUCACGUGUAAAAGUGACCUUAACACACACAUGAGAACUCACACCGGAGAAAAACCUCACACAUGUCUACAGUGUGGAAAGACUUUUACAAAUACAAGUCACCUUAAGAGACACAUGAGAAUUCACACCGGAGAAAAACUGUUUGCAUGCCAUCAGUGUGGAAAGACUUAUACUUCUGGUGGUUCUCUAAAGAUGCACAUGAGAAUUCACACUGGAGAGAAACCUCACACAUGUCUACAGUGUGGAAAGGCUUUUACUUCUGGUGGUUCUCUAAAGAGUCACAUGAGAAUUCACACUGGAGAGAAACCUCACGCAUGCCAUCAGUGUGGAAAGACUUUUUCUUUUGGCGGUCCUCUAAAGAUUCACAUGAGAAUUCACACCGGAGAGAAACCUCACGCAUGUCAACAGUGUGGAAAGACUUUUAUUUCUGGUGGUCCUCUAAAGAUUCACAUGAGAACUCACACCGGAGAGAAACCUCACGCAUGUCAACAGUGUGGAAAGACUUUUAUUUCUGGUGGUCCUCUAAAGAUUCACAUGAGAACUCACACNAUAUUGGAGAUACUCGGAUCUAAACAACAGCAUGGGUUGCACGGCGCGCAGUCGCACAUAGCUCGCACGUUUGGCACAUCAGGCAGAGAGCCGCAGAAACGAAGCCCUCCCUCCUUUCCAGAAGCGUUUAUCUUGUGUGGAAUGGGAAAGGUAAGCUAUCAGGAGCUAACGAAGUCUGAGGGCUCUUACCAUCGGCCGUACGGACGGAGGCCUUCUGUUCUCUAUAGCGAGAUAGCCACCCGAUACCUAAGGAACACUGAGGAAGCGCUACCUCCUCUUGCAGAAGGGGCGCGCUACGGAGACACACCCACCGCACGGGGGGGAUUCUGUGAGAGAUGCCAGCAUGGUCUCACCAAUGGGAAGAACUCAUGGGAAGAAGAACGUGCGGCCCACUCUGAGGGGUGCACAACCGCAGGUGGAGGUUCCACCGAGGGGAGGUCACAGGUUCACCAAUGGGGGAACCGUAAGAGUGAGAAACAUCAUACAGGGACGCACCCAAGUGGGGAGUCACUAUGUAUGGAGCACCAGCGCAGAUUAAGGGGAUUCACCUGA